AUGGCGAGAUGCCCCCUGGUUAUAGGCUUUGACCCCAGAGGAAUAGUAGAUUUGGAAGCUCGAUGGACGUCCCUCUGCACCACCCCUUGUCUGCCCCCUACAGGAGUCGUCGCCAGCCACUUAUUUCCAUGGAUCCUCUGGGCGCUGUGGAAAGAACGUAAUAAAUUUGUCUUCAACGGUGCCUCGGCGGUCCCUGCAGCCUGCCUGACCGCAGCCAUUUCAGCAGCUAAGGAAUGGGAACAAGCUCUCAGCUCGGAAAAGAAACCCCCACCAAAGGCGUCCCUAGCUCCACAAGCCCAUCAUCCAGCCUCCACUUUUAUUGUACGAACAGACGCAGCAUGGCACAAGGAGGAGAGGAAGGCAGGCCUAGGGUGGACAGUGAAGGCUUCAUUUACUCCGGUGAUGUGCCACAAGAGACCAAUUCACCAUGUCUCCUCAGCACUGUUGGCUGAAGGCUUAGCGGCCAGAGAAGCUUUACUCUUUUGCAGAGAUCGGGGCAUGGAUCGCAUUCAUCUUGAAUCGGAUUCCUCCCAGCUCAUUAAAGCCAUACAGCAAGAAGAGCCUGUAAUAGAAAUCCAUGGAGUUCUCGCAGACAUUCUCCAUCUUACCAAGUCGCUCUUUGUUUCUUUUUCUUGCUCUUGGAUCCCUAGGAAUCUUAAUCUUGUGGCUGAUUCCUUGUCUAAGGAAGGCCUUUGUAUGGAUGAGGACGUUAUUGCCUCCACCUAA